AGAAAGAAACCCCAAAAAGGCAAAAACCGUCAUUACUCAUUAGCCAAACAGAAACCCAGAACGCCCUCCCUCUACUCUCUCGUCUCUUCGCGAUGGCCGAUUCCGAUUCUACCGCCCCGCCUCCUGCGGCUGAACUCGGUGCCAUUUCUCUCGGAGCGUUCAUGGCUGCUGAAUGCGAGAGGAUAAGAAGACAUAGGAAGGUGAAGAAGUAUGAGAGGCGGCUCAACAAGAAGAUAGGAGUCGAUCUGCAUCUCUCUGAGUUUCAGGAGAAGAGCCGAAGGAGAAGCAUCAAGUCUCUGAGAGGCCACCUGAGACAGGCGACGAGGGAGCGCUCUCUUGCACAAGAUGAGAGCAAGAAGCGUCUCAAUGCUCUGCUCCGAUUCCAACAUGUAACGAUAACGAGUGUGAAAGAAAUGGAGAAGGUGAAAUAUGUGCUCGAUCACAAUGAAUGGAAAGUAACUCUGUGGAUCGCUGUUGUUGAACAAUUCGCACAGAUCAGAUCAAUUGUUUUGUCUGCUAUCCUCCCGGUGACAUAUCAAGGAUUGCCACGUGAUGCGAUGCCUUAGACGAGAAACAAUUUGAACUAAAAUAGUGGAGAGAGAAAAU